CCGUCUCCCAGUCAGUCUCGUCCUCCAUUUUCUUUCUCCGCGAUUUCCAGGGUUCGUAGUAUUUGGGAAUUUUCUCGAGCCCUCUUCUCUCUCCAGCGCACUGUUCCGAUUAGGUUUUCAUCCUAAUCUCACCCAUCCAAGGGUUCUUUGCUGUGUGAUAUGCUUUAUUUCGCAGGGAUCGGUUUCUCUAGUUGGGAGUCGAGCAUAAUUAUUCACAGAAAUGGAGCGCAAGGUUAUCGAAUUGGAUCAAGGAUGGGACUACAUGCAGAAGGGGAUCACCAAGCUGAAGAGGAUUCUAGAGGGAUUGCCAGAGGCUCAGUUCAACUCUGAGGAAUACAUGAUGCUUUACACAACUAUCUAUAACAUGUGUACGCAAAAGCCCCCAUAUGAUUAUUCUCAACAGCUUUAUGACAAGUACAAGGAGGCAUUUGAGGAAUACAUUACCUCAACGGUGAUGCCCUCUUUAAGAGAAAAGCAUGAUGAGUUCAUGCUGCGGGAGCUUGUCCAAAGAUGGGCCAAUCAUAAGAUUAUGGUUAGGUGGCUAUCACGCUUCUUUCAUUAUCUCGAUCGUUACUUCAUUGCGCGUAGGUCGCUUCCUGCAUUAAAUGAAGUUGGUCUCUCCUGCUUUCGUGAUCUGGUUUACCGGGAGGUAAAUGCUAAUGGCAGAGUUGCUGUGAUUGGUCUUAUCGAUAAAGAACGUGAAGGAGAGCAGAUUGACAGAGCGCUAUUGAAGAAUGUGAUAGACAUCUUUGUUGAGAUUGGCAUGGGGCAAAUGGAUUCUUAUGAACAGGACUUUGAAACACAACUGCUAAACGAUACUGGUGACUACUAUUCUCGUAAAGCAUCAAAUUGGAUUUUGGAGGAUUCUUGUCCAGAUUAUAUGCUGAAGGCAAAGGAAUGUUUGAGAAGGGAGAGGGACAGAGUUUCUCAUUACCUGCAUUCAAGCAGUGAGCAGAAGCUGGUUGAGACCAACUACAAACUCAAGCAAAUGUGUUUGAAACAACAUUUAAACAUAGAAACAUGAACGAGAUCAGGGGAAUGGGCUUUGCAGGCAGUCAUGGUUUGAGCCAGGGGCCAGACAAGACCGGCACUUCACGUUCUAGGCGAGCUGCAGAGAUUGUUGAUAAAGCUGUGGAGGAAGCCCGACAAGCCAAGGAGGAAGCUCGUGAGACCAGGGAAGAGAACACACAGAUUAAGGCUCGUCUUCAACAAAUGGAGCAGCUUCUCUCUGACAAGUUUGGCAUACAGCUGCCGGUUCCCCCCCAACAGCAGCCCCGUGAUGAUGAUGAAGGCAAUGGUUCCAUCAACAUUGCCUCAGUUUCCUAGUCUGUGUCUAGUAAACUAUUAUAAUCAAGUCACUAGUUUGUUUUUGAAUAUAUAUUUUGUAUGAACAAGUUGAAAUUAAUUAGUAGUUUAUAUAUUUUGGAAUGGUUUGUAUGAACUUGAUUA